AUGAGCACCAACCAGGAAUGGGAUACCGUCACCAAGAUUGGCAGCCGCACUCGCGGCGGCGCGGCUGGACCCCGCGAGACCGUCGUCAAGGGCAAGAGCGCGCUCAACGCCGCUCAGCGCACCGGCGCUAUCGUCGGCACGGAGAAGAAGUUUGGGAGUGCUAAUGCCGCGACCUCAAGCGAAGGCCAGCGCCUCACGAAAGUCGACCGCAGCGACGACAUCGUGAAGCCGAAAACCGUCGGCUCCGUCGUCGGACAAGCCAUCAUCAAAGCGCGCGGCGAGGCCAAGAACGACAAGGGCGGCACCAUGACGCAGAAGGAGCUCGCGACCAAGUGCAACACCACGCCGACCGUGAUUGCGGACUUUGAGCGCGGGACUGCCGCGCCGGAUCAGAAGCUGCUGGGUACCAUGGAGAGGGUGCUGAAUGUUAAGCUGAGGGGCGAGGGGAUUGGGCAGCCGAAGUUUCCGAAUAAGAAGAAGUGA